AUGCAGACGGUUCGCCCAUUGCGCGGCAUACUCCAGUACAAGCGAUACACUUUGCUACUAUGUUACUUCUGUUUCACACUUCUUAAUGUGACUGGUGAUGUAAAUGGUGUGUGUGCAACAACAGCAAACAGUGCCUCACCUAUUACAGAUAUCGACACACAGAUACAGACACCAGCCAAACAGUCGACCAACUCGGAAGAGUUUGGUAAGGAAAUACAGAACAUGAAUAGUACGCUGCAGGCCAUAGGCACCUAUGGAUUUGAUAUAGCGGACCAGGAAACUUUUGUAGCCUUAUUCAGUCGUUAUGGUAACGAUUCCUACGAGGAUGAAUCAGUCUACAAUCAGGAGAUGGCCUACACCGACUUAGUUGCGUAUCAGAACGAUCUGUAUCAUGAGACAAUGAUUGCCAGCUUAGAGUAUCAAUCACGCCAGAAUGAAACUGAAAAUAACCGCAUAUUAGAGAUUCUGAGUAUGUUUUCGCUAAGUACAUUGAGGCAGGGAGAUGAAUACUGGGGCGAAGUGAAUGGCGAGCCCGAAUUCUUUUUAUCCAGUCUCAGUGUGCUGGUUGCCAUGCGGGAAUGUAUACUCCUAUUUGCACCCAUCAUGCUACCUUCGGUAUGUAUCC